UAUGUAUCGGGGGAAGGAUGCAACAGAAAUAAAAGAUAGGUGGGCCGUUACAUAGGCCUCAGGCUCAGUAGGUGUCUGUCUCAUCAUAACUACGGAAUUCUCCAUCUGAAGUGUUUGUUUACUUGUAAUACCCGGCUUUAAUAGAAGACUACAAUGGGUGACCGUUACAACAUUCACUCCCAGCUUGAACACUUGCAGUCAAAAUAUAUUGGAACAGGCCAUGCUGACACAGCUCAGUUUGAAUGGUGUGUCAACCAGCAGCGUGAUACAUACGCAUCAUACAUGGGUCAUUUUGAUAUGUUAAAUAUGAUUGCACUUGCUGAGAAUGAGACCAAAGCACGUGUUCGGUUCAAUAUGAUGGAGAAGAUGGUGCAGCCUUGUGGACCACCUCCUGAGAAAAAUGAGGAUUAGACUAAUGAUUAUUGUGUACCUUUUAAGUUUAAUGCUUUUUGGAUAAGGAAAAUAAAGAUUAAUUGGUAAACAA